UUCCCGAAACCUUUGACAGUUCUGAUGGAUAGGUCAGUGCGAUAUUGAUUGCAACUUCUGGCUCUUUCUCAAAGACACAACCAACAAACCCUUCGCUCUGGAAUCCACGAGGAGUUUCCACGUUCUGACGAGGGGAACACACCGAGCUCUAAAAGCCGAGGCAAAGACACGGAUGUUUGGAGAGAGCCAGCCCUUCUUCAAGCAAUGCCAGCUCACGGUUUUACCAGGACCCAAGCCUCCAACGUUCGAGCUAGCUGUACCCCUCGGAGUGCUGAAGCAGAUCCGUCCCAUUUUAUACCGAUGAUGAAUAGCAACGUACUUUAUCUGCCAGAGCGUCGUCCGCCCAUAUGCCUUACAGCAGGCAAGGAAUUCCAGAAUUAUGUCAUAGCUGCAGCGUUCAUAUAAAGAGACGACAGCCAUCAGGAAUUCCACAAUUACAGCCUCCUGGGGCAGGGUGGCUAAGUCACAGAGCAGCAGCUGGAGAGAAGACUCUUGGGGGAAGAUCUGCAGAGACUGAAUCAGUUCCUGGGGAAUAACAGCCAGCUGCUAAGAAGAAAGUGUCUCCUUACCGGCACAUCGUCAUGCCCGGCGGUGUUUGCAUGACAAUUUCCAGCGUGUCUGUGGGAGAUGACUGAACCAGAUUCCUCCUAGUCUUCAGCUGCUUGGUGCUGUCCGUGUUCUCCACCAUCCCAGAGCAUCAGAAACUAGCCAACCAAUGUCUGUUCAUCCUGGAGUUUGUCAUGAUUGUGGUGUUCGGCAUGGAGUACAUCAUCCGCAUCUGGGCAGCUGGCUGCUGCUGCCGUUACCGGGGCUGGCAGGGGCGGUUCCGCUUUGCCAGGAAACCCUUCUGCGUAAUAGAUUUCAUCGUGUUCAUCGCCUCGCUGGCCGUUAUUGCCGCCGGCACGCAGGGGAACAUCUUUGCCACCUCGGCGCUGCGCAGCAUGCGCUUCCUGCAGAUCCUGCGGAUGGUGCGCAUGGACCGCAGGGGGGGCACCUGGAAGCUCCUGGGCUCAGUGGUCUAUGCCCACAGCAAGGAGCUGAUCACAGCCUGGUACAUCGGCUUCCUGGUGCUCAUCUUCGCCUCCUUCCUCGUCUACCUGGCCGAGAAAGACGCCAACACGGAGUUCGCCACCUACGCUGACUCGCUCUGGUGGGGCACAAUCACGCUCACCACCAUCGGCUACGGGGACAAGACCCCCAAUACGUGGCUGGGCAGGGUGCUGGCGGCCGGCUUCGCGCUCCUGGGCAUCUCCUUCUUCGCUCUGCCUGCCGGGAUUCUGGGCUCCGGCUUUGCCCUGAAAGUCCAGGAGCAGCAUCGCCAGAAACACUUUGAGAAGAGGCGGACGCCGGCAGCGAACCUGAUCCAGGCUGCCUGGCGCCUGUAUUCGACAGACGGGAGCCGAGCCUACCUGACCGCCACCUGGUGUUACUAUGACAGCAUUCUCCCAUCCUUCAGAGAGCUGGUCCUUAUGUUUGAGCAUUUGCACCGAGUCCGCAACGGAGGAGUUAGGAAUUCAGAGGUGAAAAGGUUGCCUGACGGAGCCCCACCGCCAUAUCACUCCUUCACCUCUGGCCAGAAAACCAUCGCCCCUGCUUUUUGCUCUGGGGAAAGCCAGAUCUUUAGUAGUAAGCGGAAUUUCUUUCGGAUUCCCGCCGGCUGGAAACAGAGCAACAAAAUGGGCAUCAAGGACCGCAUCCGCCUCAACAACUCGCAGAGGCAGGGCAGCCGGGCAAAGCAGCACCUGGCCCCGCCCAUGCGCCGCUCCCCCAGCACCGAGAACGUGCCGGAGGCCACCAGCCCCACCAAGGUGCAGAAGAGCUGGAGCUUCAACGACCGCACCAGGUUCCGGGCGUCGCUGAGGCUCAAACCUCGGCCACCGGUGGAGGUUGACGGCCUGGUGGAGGAGAGCUCCGAGGAGAAGGGCUACCAGUGCGACCUGACCUUCGAGGACAUCAUGCCAGCUGUGAAAACGCUCAUUCGGGCUGUCAGGAUUCUGAAGUUCCUGGUUGCGAAGAGGAAGUUCAAGGAGACCCUGCGGCCCUACGACGUGAAGGACGUCAUCGAGCAGUACUCAGCCGGCCACCUCGACAUGCUGGGCCGCAUCAAGAGCCUCCAGUCACGCGUGGACCAGAUCGUGGGAAGAGGAGCCAUCACUGUCGAUAAGAAGACCCGGGAGAAGGGAGAAAAGUCCCUGGAGGCCGAUCUGGUGGACGAGCUCAGCAUGAUGGGCCGAGUGGUCAAAGUGGAGAAACAAGUGCAAUCCAUAGAGCACAAGUUGGACUUGUUACUGGGCCUCUAUUCCCAGUGCCUGCGGAAAGGCUCCACGAACUCCUUUGGCCUGGCCGCCAUGCAGACCCCCAGCUUUGACCCGGACAUCACCUCCGACUACCACAGCCCCGCAGAGCACGAGGACAUCUCAGUGUCCGCGCAGACCUUAAACAUCUCCAGGUCGGCCAGCACCAACAUGGACUGAGAGGGGUUCCCAGCACAGGUCCCGGGGGAGAGCUGGGGGGACCGUUCUUGUAGACAGACACACUGAUAGCUAGCAGGCAAGGAGACCGACCCGUGAACCCAGCCAGGUUCUGGGCUGGGGACCACGCGGCCUCGUCUAAUGCGUCCUGAUGCACUAUGAGCCUCACCUUGAUUUUACUUGAACAAGUCUUCCUUCUGACCGUGCACAAGCAGGAAUGAUUAAGCAACUAGUAUUCAGCACCUGAGAGCCAGCUGGGGCCGGGACCCCGGGGGAUGCAGCAGGGAGAGUUUCUUAAAGUGUUAAACCUACAACACCGAGGCGAGAAAUGCCUGGUAUCUAAGAAGCUCUUUUAUUUAUAGGAUCAGCCUCUCCAGACUUUGUCCUCUGCAGGCAGUCUUCUCCGCGGAGGAAAUCCCCCUCUCCCGGCACAUCCCUGGCUGGGGUGGCACUGGGGGCAGUGGGAGGGCGAGUUGGCCAGGGAUGCAACAGGCCAGCAACUUGUCACUCGGUCUUUCUUCUGGGCGCCUCUCCGGGAACCGUCCUUGGAAUUAGCUUUGACCCCGGGUAUGGCAUGAUUGAAAGCUCCUGAACUCCAAGGCUGGCGGUUCUGAUCUCUUCACCCUGCGGGAGCCGGAGCAGGGUUCUUACUACCAGCUAUGCAAGGCUAGAUAACCCUUUACUGUCCAGUGCUAAACAAGGGGCACUGUGACUCGACUGAAUGUGGUUUCUUCCGGACCUAGGAAAGAGCUGGGGAAUGGCUGGGUUUUGCCUCCCCGGGGGGCGUUGCUACAUUUCCUGUCUCCCAGCGAGCAGGGGGCUCCGAAUCCUGCCGCCGGGACUGUAACUCAGUGCGCACAGUGGAACCGUCUGCGCGGCAGCGUUUCGAUAUGCAGCCUUCGAUCCCGACGGGCGGGGCGGACGAGUCGCCCGUCGGCCUAGGCAAUAGGUGUUUACCCCGCGCCCCUGGGGCCAGAUCCGGGGCUGCCCGAGUCAGUGGGGUUUCACGGGGCGAACACUGCGCCUUCGGAGCCUGGCGGAUGGACUCAGAUGGACUUUGGAUCAGGCCCUUGACUUGAAAGGGGGUAACUGGCCCAUUGGCCCAAAUGCAGCCCUGUUGCAUGAGUCCGUGGAGUUAAUAGCAGGCCUGGAUCUGGUCCAUUGCCCGUGGCUUCUGGGGGGGGUGCAUAGGUGGGUGUGGGCACAACCAGGGGGAGGGUACGGAUGCUGUAGCUUAGCAUUAGCUCUUCCCCCCACCCUGGCUAGUCUGCCCAGCUCAGGCAGCCCGGCUUGCCCGCCGUGGCUUCCGUACAUCUCCUAGUGGCACGGGAGGCACUGGUAGCUUAGGGUACCCAAUAUCUCCAGACCUCGAUUUCCCACUGGAUGGUUUCUCUCCCCUGCCCCCUUCUACAGCCUCACCCGCCAGAGCCGGGCACGGGGCUUCACUUGGCUACCUGCUGUCCUUAGUCAUCCAGCUCGAGUGCGUCUCAGCACCAUAGACCCUGCCCCCCCCCCAUUGAUAGUCCAUUCAGACCCUGGGCCCCGAUCCCCCGUGGGCGCCGUAAGGGAGUUCACUGCAGGAUGGGGGCUUUAGCCCCCACUCUGGCUCCCCAAAGAGCCCUGGUCUCCCUUGCACAUCCCCUGCGGUCAGGAAUAUUCAGUCUCAGUCGGAGCUGCCUGGGUCAGGCCUGGACUCGGAACCCCUUCCCCGGCCUGUUUCCUGGUGGGGGUGCGACUGAAACCCAACAGGAACGGUCGCUGGCAUAAGAGGGAUAUUUUUGGCCCGAGGUGGCCAAAGCCCUGAGAUUUCAGUGUCGUCAAAUCCAUCUCGGGAUGGAUUUGUCUUUGAACCCGGGGCCCUCUUCCCAAUCUGAACACUGCUGUUUCCCCACAUCUGCUGAUGCUCCCGUGGGGGUGGGUGGGGCUGGUGGGAGACAGAUCUCCCCUAACGCAGGAUCUCUGCCUGGAAGGAGAGGUGGGAUGUGUUUCUCAUGCCUGCACGUUACCCCUUCUAUGCAGUUAAAUGUCUUCCAGCGUCACCAGGCACGCUCUGUCCCCCUGCCCCUCGGUCCGAGGCAAACCCCUGCAUGGCUGGGCAGCGCUGCCCCGUCCUGCAGUUCAGCUGCAUCAGGCACCAGCCUUCCGGGAUGGCCAAGAGCAGCUCUUGAAUUUCGACAUGAAGGGUUUGCCUCCUCCCUUUCCCCCGCCCCGAGCAGCUUCCCCUGCUGGAGAGGGAUGGGGCGGGGGGGCUGCCAAGGGCCAGCCCUGUCCUGCAAGGAGGCAAGCACAAGGGGUGUCUCUUGGGAAUGGCUGGGCGAUUGUCCAGCCUGCAAGUGCUCAGCUGAGAUCCUGGCUCUGGAACGUGCCCUCCCACGCGUGCGUGCUGCUGUGCCAUUACCUGGCAGAGCGGGGGCCUCGCCGGCCCCUGGCCCCACCAAUGCCUCCUUUCGCCACCCCGGGGGGCUCCCUGACCUUCAGAGCCCUUCUUGUGAUGGUGGAGGCGUAGGUCAGGUCAAAAGAACCUCCCACUCCCUUCACCCACCCCAGCAGGUAUCUAAAGGGGGGGACGUGAGAGGAGUAUAACCCUGCACCCCCCCCCCCCAGCUCCCAGCCAACUCCCCGGAUCUACCGGGGGCGGGGUGGGAGAGGCGCCUGCUGUAGGGCUGCGCACCAGAGCUAGGGCAUGGGGGGCACCCUCCCCGUUCAGCUGCAUCCUGCUUGCAUUCCAUGCCUAGGCAGUGCAUGCCGCCCGCCCCCGCGGAGACCCCUGCCCGGAGCCAGUCUCAUCCCAACCCGCUUGCAUGCUCCAGCAUGUGUCUUGAGUUGUGCAGCGACCCUCCGCCCCGGGCCCCUGCCCCGAGCACGGCGCCCAUCGCGCUGCGGCGUGGGAGGGCAGACGCCGGCCCCCUUUCUGAGGCAGACGUGUCUCGUGUCUGUACGGGAUGGGGAUGCAGUCGGGGUCGGAGGGGGGACACGAGGCUUCGGCCAAAGGAGACGAAGUAGGAAACCCCUCCAGGUGAUUCCCAGCGACCCUUGUUUCCGAGACGAAGAUAGUUACCUCACUUUACUAACUUAUUAACU